AUGGAUUUCUCGAGGUUUAGCGGUCCAGAACGGCUGCAGUUGAAUCAAUACAUUCAGAAGAAGGAAAUGAAGGACUUUAUGCAGCUUUACUCCAACUUAGUUCAGAGGUGCUUCGAGGAUUGUUCAAACGACUUCACUUCUAGGGCUCUAUCAACUAAUGAGAAAACAUGUUCUGAGAACUGCGUAGGGAAAUUCCUCAAGCAUUCAGAAAGAAUCGGUGCCAGAUUCGCUGAACAGAACGCAGAGAUGAUGGAACAGCAGGCGAAACUUCGAUAG